AAGGUAAUAAAAACCAACCCUAAGCUCCUUGCUUCUCCGUUCUAAAGGUAGCCCCGAUUAUUGCUAACUUAAGCAUCGGAGUGUCUACCCCGAGGACCCACCUCGAGGCUUUGCAGGUCAAUCCAGAGUGCAGAUACGGACUGAAGAAGGACUUCUGGUUUGGUGCAGUUACAGAGGGACGGAGAGUCUUUGAAGAAUUUUAUGAGCAGAUUCAAUGAUGCAGUGUUGGAGGUUAACUCUUUCGACCAAGCCGUGGGAAUUACAGCCGUGAUCUUAGGUCUUAGCCAUGAGAGAUUCAGAGAUAGUCUACUCAAACAUCCUGCCAACACCUUCAGCGAGGUAAAUGAUAGAUCAUUGAAAUUCAUAACUGUUGAGGAAUAUGCCCCGUCGCAGAACCUAACUCCUAUUAAGAACCAACACCCGGACUGGAGAGAUGAGAAUCCGAACAGGAAACGGAUGAAGACAACAAAGAACCGAGGUCCGAUGUUGACUUCCACCCUGAGAUUCGGAAAGCCGAACUCCGCACCUUCGCAACAACCUGUAGGUAAACCUCCAGUUAAUUGGACUCCUUUUAAUUUACCGAGGUCACAAAUCUUUAUGCAGAUUAAGAAUAAGAUGGACUUAAGACGUCCGGGUCCAAUGAGAACUGCUGCUGCUACCAGAGACCAUACCAGGGAACAAGGGAUACAGCCUCAAGGAGUCCGUAACCCACCAAACAGGCAAGGUAUGGGAUAUCAGCAAGCCCCACCCCCGCUCCCACCACCAGCUAGAAUUAUGCACAUGAUUACAGGAGGCCUAGAAGCUGGUGGACUGAGCUCUAAACAUAGAAAGUUGUAUGUCAGAGAGGUUAAGCAUCCAAACCGCGCCCAGAAACGGAAAUUUGAUGAUGCUGACUGGAAGAAUCAACCUAUUACGUUCACACCUGCUGAUUUUGACACAGUUGUCAUACCUCACAAUGACCCCCUAGUCACUUCUGUCACGAUCAAUAAUUGUGAGGUGCAGCGCGUCCUUGUUGACACAGGGAGUGCACUAGACAUCAUGUACUUCCAUUGUUUUGAAAGUCUUGGGUUGGAUCCGACUUUGUUGCAACGGUAUGAUGGUCCCAUCUAUGGAUUCAACAACCAGUCAGUCCUAGUUGAAGGAGUCCUCACCAUGAAUGUUGCGUUUGGAAGUGGCCAGAGUUAUGUGACCCCUUCAGUUAGGUUUCUGGUAGUCAAGAUGGCGUCCUCAUUCAAUGUCGUCAUUGGUCGACCCACACUGAUUGAAAUCCGAGCUGUGGUUUCCCAAUCUCAUCUAUGCAUGAAGUUCCCAACUCCUACGGGAAUAGCAACGCUGCGAGGCAACCAAGAGGUGGCCCGACAUUGCUAUAUCACCUCGGUAACACAACCUCAGAAGGGCAAGGCUCAGACACCCGAGAUUAAUCCCAAACGGAUUCCUGAUGAUCGGCAAGUUAUAGGUGUUGAGAUAGUAGAUAACCGACCAGAAGAUGAAACCAGAGCUGCUCCAAUCGAAGAUGUGGAGGAGGCUGAGGCGGCACUUCUACUUCAGGAGGAGCCAGCUGCUGCACCUUGUCAGAGGAGACUGGAUGCACUUCGGGAGGCUGCACUUCGGCCAAAGCUGCCUGAUCCUCAACCCCAACGCCUUGUGCUUCUUCUUUUUCUUCUUCCUCCCCCACCGCCACUAACUCAACCUCAAAGGCUGGAGGAAAAAUAGUGAGCCCCUCUGCAUCACGCUCCCACCUCAGCGUAAUCUGAGGUCGGAAGUCAGCACAGAGGCUCUCCCCAUCUUCCUCCACCCCUUCUUCUUGUUCCCCAAAGAUGACUGUUGUCACGUCCACCUCUAGGUACUAGGCUUUCACCUUCUUU